AUGGAAACCUCCACGCUCUCUGUGAAACUAUGGCCUCCAUCCCAAGGAACGAGGCUAAAGCUAAUUGAGCGAAUGACCAAGAAUCUCACGACACCCUCCAUAUGGUCCAGAAAAUAUGGUCUCUUGAGCUUAAAAGAAGCUGAGGAAGAUGCCAAACAAAUUGAGUCAUCUGCUUUUGCCGAGGCCAACAAACAUUUCACAAAGGAACCAGAAGGGGAUGGAAGCUCGGCCGUGGAGUUGUACGCCAAGGAAUCCAGCAGGCUCAUGAUCGAGGCCAUCAAACGAGGCCCCACCCCAAAAGCGAAUGAAGAACUCGACAGCAUAUCAGCUAAAAUCAAAGAAUGCGGAGGGACCACCUUUGAUAUAUCCGGGGACCCACGGAAAGUCAUUGAUGCUGCCGAUGCUGAGAAGUUGCUGAGACACUUGAAGGAGCCUGGAAAUAAAUAUAACAGGAUUUGUUUUAGUAACACGAGUUUUGGCAAGGAGGCUGCUCUUGUCGCGGGGCCCAUUUUAUCGAUCAUCAAGGAUCAGUUGACUGAAGUUGAUCUAUCGGAUUUUGUGGCGGGAAGGAAUGAGGAGGAGGCUCUUGAGGUCAUGGGUAUAUUUUCUUCAGCACUCGAGGGUUCUAACUUGCGCUAUCUUGACCUUUCGAAUAAUGCACUAGGUGAGAAGGGUGUCAGGGCAUUUGGGGCGCUUUUGAAGUCCCAAUGUAAUUUGGAGGAACUGUAUUUGAUCAACGAUGGAAUUUCUGAGGAGGCUGCUGUGGCUCUUUAUGAUCUGAUUCCCUCUACUGAUAAAUUGCGAGUCCUUCAGUUUCAUAACAACAUGACUGGAGAUGAAGGGGCCAUAGCCAUAUCCAAAAUUGUGAAUAAUUCUCCCCUGCUAGAAGAUUUCAGGUGCUCGUCCACAAGGGUGGAAUCCGAGGGAGGUGUUGCCCUAGCUAAAGCUCUUGAAAAAUGUAAGCAUUUGAAGAAACUGGAUUUGCGUGACAAUUUGUUCGGUGUUGAUGCCGGGAUUUCCCUGAGCGAAGCAUUUUCCGCGUUUUCCGAUUUAUCCGAGCUUUAUCUAAGCUAUUUGAAUCUGGAGGAUGAGGGUUCUAUUGCACUUGCGGAUGCUCUAAAGAAAUCUGCCCCAUCUCUUGAAGUUCUGGAUAUGGCUGGAAAUGAAAUUACUGCUAAAGCUGCACCUGCUUUGGCUUCGUGCAUUGCUUCCAAGCAAUUUCUUGCAAAAUUGAACCUGUCUGAGAAUGAAUUGAAGGACGAGGGUGCUAUUUUGAUUGCCAAGGCGCUUGAAGAGGGUCACGGCCAGUUAUGUGAAGUGGACAUGAACACCAAUUUGAUGAGGAGGGCUGGUGCCAGGCGGUUGGCCCAGGCUGUUGUGGGUAAACCAGGAUUCACGUUGCUGAAUAUUGAUGGGAAUUAUAUAUCAGACGAAGGCAUUGAUGAGGUGAGGGAUCUGUUCAAGAAUUGCCCGAAUGUUCUUGGUCCUCUGGACGAUAAUGACCCAGAAGGAGAAGAUUAUGAUGAAGAGGAGGAAGAAGGAAAUGGCGAUGUGGGGCUCGAAUUAGAGUCUAAACUCAAAGGCCUCGAUAUCAAACAGGAAGAGUGA